GUCGAUGAGCACUCCCCCAUGGAGUGCGCCUUCGCUACCCGAAGUCGCAUUUAUAGCCCCUCGCGUCCCUCCUUUGAGAAGGAAACCAUCAUUCUGGAGCCAUGUCGCCACCAAGCGAAACAGCAAGAACGAUCCUCUUCCUGAUCUCACUUCGGACAUUACGGGUCUGAAGGGGCACCCGGUGGCAAAUGGAGGCUAUGGCGACAUCUUCAAGGCUGUCUUGCGCAUAAAAGGUGCGACCUCCGUGCUGCAGGUGGCAGUGAAGGCCGUGCGUCGGCCAUUGCCAGUGGGAAACGAUGCUGAGGUUCGCUUGCGGAAGGGUCGGAAAAGGAUUGGACGAGAGCUUCGCGUCUGGAAGAAGCUCAGACACGAGAACAUACUGCCCCUCUGCGGCCUCGUGUAUGAUCAGGCCAAUUUUGGUCCUUUUCCCGCAAUGGUUUGUCCGUGGGCUAGCGGAGGCAAUCUCAACAACUACAUCGAGUCUUCGAGAGGGCUGCGCCUUUCCAUGGCUGACAAAUUUGAUAUCCUGAACGAUGUCACGUCCGGACUUCAGUAUUUGCACUCCCAUGCUAUUGUUCACGGGGAUCUCACCAGUCCCAAUAUCCUCAUGGACAGCGCCGGCCGUGCAUGUCUGGCAGACUUUGGAAUGUCUACCAUCCUUGCAGAGUUCGGUAAUUCUUACUUCAGCUCGGUCAGGCAAGGCGCAAUUCGCUGGACAGCUCCUGAACUGCUCAUUGAACCGGAGGAUGGUACGUUGCUGAUGCCUACUACGCAAGCGGACGUAUAUUCUUUCGGCAGCAUCAUGUUUCAGGUUCUGUCCGGAAACAUUCCAUAUCACCACAUCAAGAAUGAGUUGGUGGUCUUGACGGAAGUAGUCAAGAACCGGAGACCCCAACGAUGUUCUGCUAUCUCAGACAUUUACUGGGACUUCCUGCAGAUAUGCUGGUCGACUCAGAAUAGAGGAACUGGACGCCCUACUAUUAAUGAAGUAUGCCGCUUCAUCAGCUCACAGAUAGACAUCCACGCCGUGCCCACGAUCAUCGUCAUCCCAAUCCCAAUAUUGGGUGCGAAAAGUCUACGAGUUUCUCAACGUAAGCCGCUGAGGCGUCAGGUAAGCUAUCAAAAUGGAGCAGUUCACCGGAGCCUGGCUAGCGCGGUGGACUUCAUCUUUCGAGACAGGCGAUUAACCCAGAUAGCCUUGGAUAUCGUCUGUCAUGACUUGUGUUCCUGUCUCAAUCGUCUAGCAAACGAAAUCCUGACGAAGGUCUCAGACUACAACUUCCCUGAAAUGAAGAAGCUCUACACUCGGCUUGGGGAGGACAUCAACCUCAUAGGUGAAGCUAUCGCUCUGUUGAAGCAAGACAUCCAUCACCCCGGACUUGCUCCCUACGUCUCAAAGCUGCACCAUAUUUUGCAGACAGCCCUUCGUGACGAGGGCAGCCUCGAUCCUUUGCCCGACACCGUCAGAAGGCUACUUCUUGGCCUUGCCAAUGCCUUGCAAGCCGAAUGGUCCUCCAUCACAAUGCUCCAGCCUGAGAUCAUCUGGCCUGUUUACCAGCUCUGCUACGACUCUUAUGUCAAGAAAAUCAGAACCAUUGCUGAUUCGCUUGAUAUUCCACGCCAGGAGGCGGCGACACGGACUUCACCAGGUCGACCAUUGUUGACGCAGUCAGAUGCACGCUCCCCGUCGGGAUGGUCUAUAAUAAAUCGGCUUGGCAAGCUCAAGCUGAGUCCGAAGACGGGCAGAAACGAGUAACUUGUGAAAGGGUGAUGGGUUGAGACAAUGAAAGAGAUUAUUAGGAGCACGGAACUGGAAAUGCGAGGACAUGCAAAGGACACGCGCACUGGAAGAUGGUUAAGGAGGGAUGGACAAACAGCCGCGAUGACUUGAUCGCUGAACUGAGAGACCUUAUACUUGGACACAAACGCAGACAGACGCUUUACUCAGAAUCUCAAAAUGAUUGUAGUAUCCUC